AUGUUUGAAGAUAUUUGCAAAGAAAUGAAUCUAGAUUGGAAACAAAAUCUCGUAGGUCAAUCUUAUGAUGGGGCAGCAUCAAUGAGAGGUGCUUACAAUGGGCUUCAAUCGAUUGUCAAAACACAUAAUCCAUCUGCAACUUAUGUUUGGUGUUGGGCACAUAGGAUUAGUCUUGUUGUAGUUGAUGCAGUCAGUAGUUGUGUAGAAGCAAGGGAUUUGUUUGGAAAUUUAGAAACCUUGUACGAUUAUGUAGGAAGCAGCAAAAAACGUGGUGGUCUAUACUCUGAUUAUCAAAAAAAGCGAUACCCAGGCAAACCCCUUCGAAGGUUAAAAAGGGUUUCAACUACUAGAUGGUCAUCACAUGCAAGUGCACUCAAAACGGCAUUUGAUACAUAUGAUGCACUUAUAGACUUAUUAUACUACUUACAAACCGAUUCAUCAUCUGAUCGUGUUUGUAGUGUUAAAGCAAAGAGCUUACUUGAUUAUUUAUUAUCUGAGAGAUUUAUUUUAACAGGGUUAACAUUUAGGAAAAUAUUUGAUUUAGUUAAUCCACUAAGCAAAUUUUUACAAGGAAAAAAUGUGGAUCUUUUAAAUGCUGUAUCUUAUGUUCAAUUUGUUCUCAAAAAAAUGCAAGAACUUAGAAAUGAAAUACAAUUCAAUAUAAUUGUUAACGAAAAGAACACAUUUUUGGAUUCCAGAACUAAUGAUUUUGACAUGAUCCCUCUCACAGAUAUUCGCACCAGACGUAUAAAAAAAAUGCCAGGUGAAAUGGCGACAGAUGAUCAACCUAUAAUCAGUCCUAUAGAUAAUUUUAAAAUAAAAACUUUUUAUACUGUUAUAGACAUUGUUUGCACACAAGUAACUGAAAGAUUCAAUGAGCAUUCUACGCCUUUAUUUAAAGAUAUAUCACUUUUCCAAAAAAAACGACUUAAAGAAGUAGCAGAACCCAAUAAUUUAAGACUUCCUAUUGAUGCUUUUAAUGCUUUUGAGCAGGUAUAUGGGAAGUUUGUAUCUGCAGUGAAUUUGAGACGAGAAUAUUUACAAUUCGCAAACACUUAUUUUGAAUUUGAAAAGUUGGUGAAACUUCCAGAAAAACUACAUGAACUAGAUCAUGAUUUUACAGAUGUUUUAAAUUCUGAUGAUAAUGAUGACCAAAACACCGAUGAAGACAGUUCUGAGGAAGACGAAAAACCACAAGAUACAAUACAUAUGCUAUUUGAAGUAUGCAACAGAUCUGAGUUGAAAAAUAUUUUUCCUUCACUCUAUACUGCACUUUGCAUUGCACUUACUCUUCCUGUAUCAAGUGCUUCUCCAGAACGUGCAUUUUCUAAAUUGAAAUUGAUUAAAACACGUCUCAGAUCAACAAUGUGUGAAGAACGCUUAGAAUCACUCAUGAUAAUUUCAUGUGAAAAGGAUAUUCCAAUAGAUACAGAUGAAGUCAUCAAAUGUUUCUCAUCAUAUAGUCCAGUUCUUUUAAAAUUACUAACAUAA